AUGGAGCCGAUGCUUGUUGCUGCUCUCUUAUUGUGCUUAUUACUAGGCGUUGCCAAUGGUCAAGGUUACAAUUGCGAACACUAUGUAGUCCAUGACUACGGCAGCGGGACCGAUCUGGACGAAGCGGUGUCGUUGCCAGAAUUCGUGUUGAACGACUUUAUUGGAUGGAUCGCGUGUCGUCCAGAUUAUACGUACGACGGUGCCACGGGAUCCUUUGCCAUGUACUUGAAGCUCGGUGUCGAAAAUGGUUUGGCAUCGGAAAGCAAUCAUGAUGUUGGCAUGGUCAAUGACAAUCCGGCAUUGAUUGUCACCACAGAACGCUUUGAACAAGAACGGAAUAUCAAUGGGAUUUCGUACGCCCUCAUCAUGCCACAAUACACCGAUUUGUCCGUCACUUGCUACUGUGAUCGAGCCAUACGGCCACCUACCAUUUGUUUUGCUCCAGAUUCCAUGGUACAGCGCAAACAACAACAAGGUCCCAUGCCCAUCCAGAACCUCGAGAUUGGAGAUUGGAUUUUAACCGAUACUCACCUCUAUGAACCAGUGUACGGUUUUGCUCACCGAGAUAGAAAUUUGAUCGCCCCGUUUCUAAACAUUCACACUAAAAUAGUCAACCACGACGACAAGAACGACAAGAACACUACAUCCAACAAACGCCCCACCAACGACACGCUCUAUCAUCGUGACUACCACUCCUUGGAACAAGAUGGCGAUGAUACACAUCUCAAGAUUUCCCAUGAGCAUUUGCUCUUGUACGCCAAUGGCAGUUACAUUGCAGCCAAACAUGUGGAGGUGGGGGAUAAAUUGGCGGGUGUGGGAAACAGCAUCCGAAGGGUCCUGCGUAUUACCGCCACACAGGCACAAGGUGUCUUUGCUCCAUUGACGCCAUCGGGAAUGUUGGUGGUGGAUGGUGUCAAAGUAUCGUGCUACGUAUCGUUGCAAGAGGAUGGCCAUUCCGAGUUUCUCGAGCUACAGUUGCCUUGGAGCAACAUUGUUAUGCGGCUUUCGCGCCACACUGUAGUCCACAUCUUGUUGAGUCCGAUCCGGUUGCUCUGCUCUCUGGUCUCCUCGCAAAACUGCGAGGACGAAAGCAAGCACAACAACGACAAUCACUUUGAGGGUGACGCGAGCAGCUCUGACCAUGGACUCCCUUGGUUUGUGCGGAUCGGGUUGUCCCUCUUUGCCUAUUUUGACAAGCAGAGCAUUGUCUUCGUGCGCUGGUUUCUGUUCCUGGCAUAUAUUGCCAUUUGUGGGUCCUGCUGGGUGCUGGAGAUAACCCUGAAGUACAUUGCGGAGCUGCCGACAGCGAGAGGCGUUGGCGCGGCUGCCGUUGUGACGGGUAUUGCCACCAGCUACUAUGCAUAUGUGGCAAACAGACAAAAGAUUGAAAGCAACACGAUCCACAAUAACUGGAUCAAUUGCACAUACAUCUAA